AUGGUUGAAGAACAUUUAGUGGGGAAAAAUAAACGUAAACGUGUUCCAAAUAUGCUUAUUUUGCCAUUUGAUGAAUUAUGGAAGAAUAAAAAAAUUUUUGAAAAUAAAGAAAUGAGGGAAAUGAUUAAGAGAGAAUGGAAUUUAAAAAUGGUGGCAUAUAUGGUCAAAAACGAUGAUUUUAAUAUUGAUGAAAGACUCGAAGAAAAGGAGGUAAUAUCGGAUCUAAAUGAGGCAGUGAAACUGAAGAUAGUUCUUGAUGAAUGUGACCGUAUAAACGAAUUUCUUAUGGCUCUAUGUAUUGUAGAAGAGCAAAUGAAAUAUUAUAAAGAAUGGGAAAAUCAACGUUUUUUUCACGAUAUUCAGCAAGUUUUAAAUUCACUUUUUGGUAUUGAGAAUGUAAAAAUUGUAAAAAAUAUUGAUAAAAUAGCUGAGAAUGAAUAUGAUAAUUUACAUUCUGCUGAUGAUGUACUUUUAUCGUAUCUUUCGAGUAGUCAGAAUGAAGUAGAUGAAAUUAUAGAGCGAAUUUAUGAGGCUGAGAAUGUGGUUUACAAAGCAAAAGAAAUGGUGAAGAAAUUAAAUAAAGUUUAUCAACGUCUGGAAGAAGAGAAGGAAAAGAUUCCUAAAAUUGGAAAGAAGGAUGAAGAGAAUGAAGGGAUGAACAAGGAUGAAGCUGAAGAAAUGGGAAAGGACGAAUUGAAGGAGGUGAAGAAGAUUGGUGAUGUAGAUGAUGUGAAGAAUGUGAAUAAGGAAGAGCCAAAUCAAGAAAGGAAGGAAGAGAAGAAGAUGAAAAAUAAUUAG